UCUAGGAUUUAAGGCUUCCACAAUGGCGCAGAUUCGAAGAGAAAACUGGGUUCAAGAAAAAAUGGAUCUCUUCAAAGACGAAUUUGUCAGAGAUGAUGUUGUGGACGGCUGGUUUUUGAUGAGUAGUUUUCGGCCAAUUUUUUUUAUUAUUGUUGCUUACUUACUGUUCAUUCUCAAAUUGGGUCCCAAAAUAAUGGAAAAAAGGAAGCCCCUAAGGAUAAAGAAGCUCCUGAUAGCGUACGAUCUAUUUCAAGUAUUCUUCAAUGGAUGGCUUGUAUGGUUGCUAUUUGCCACUCCUGGAGGUAUGGUCUACACAAAAAAACACAUGUGCAAGUUCCUAGGAAGGCGGGAUAAUCCAUAUUUCAUGCCUGUUCUAACAGGGGCCUGGUACUUCUUCAUGUCCAAAUUGACGGAUCUAUUAGAUACGAUAUUCUUCGUCUUAAGAAAGAAACAAUCUCAUAUAACUUUCCUUCAUGUCGCUCACCACGUCAACAUGCUUGUUUUAUCUUGGGCGUUCCUCAAAUAUAUGAAAGAUGAGCACGCCGUAUUGGCCGGAGUCCUAAAUUCAUUUGUUCAUAUCUGGAUGUACGGGUAUUACUUUUUGGCAGCUCUCGGACCGUCGGUGCAGAAGUAUCUCUGGUGGAAGAAACACAUUACUCAACUCCAAAUCGAAUCGAGGAAAAGUGACAUGUGUUUCUGCAGAUACACUAGUCACUUCGUUGGUCCCAAGAACAUUUGUCGCCACUACCAGGAUUCGAACCUGAGACCAUUUUAUGUAGAGUCAGAAGUGCUGACCACUAAGCCAACCUGGCCGGCGGGACGAAAAAGUCAAAUAUGA